AUGGUACAACCAAAACCUCUAUCUGCUUUUAGUAGACUAUCACCCUGCGUCUAUCUCUACACACCCUCCACCACCACCGCACCACCUCCAUCCGAUCCUUCAACUAUUCUCCUUUGCAGCUGGAACAAUGCUGCUCCGAAGCAUAUCUCCUACUAUACCACCUACUAUACCAAUCUCUUCCCUCUCUCCCGUAUCGUUCUCUGCACUAUGAAGACUUCUCAGUUCCUCCUCCAAUCCGAAGCCCGACGACGCAAAGACGCCGCUCCUGCUAUUGAUGCUCUAUUCUCCGGAUCAUCUGAUCAAGGGGCGAGGUUACUAGUCCAUUGCAUUAGCAACGGAGGUGCUAAACGAUUUUACGGAAUCGCUGGGUUGUAUCAAUCUCUGAAAGGAAAACCGCUUCCUAUAUCCAGCAUCGUAUAUGAUUCUUGUCCAUCCCUUCCGUGGUUUAAGCGAGAUUUGCACGCGCUCCUCCAUGUGCCUGGAGCCAAACUUCCUUGGCUAUUGUAUAUACCCCUAGCGGUUAUUGCUAUAAUAGCUGCGUCUAUAGUGUACUUCAUCGUACACUUUUGUCCACAUUGGGUGUGGAGAGAUUUGGUGAGGGGACCAUUGGAGGGUUUGAAUGAUGAGAGAUUGGUAAGGAAGGAAGCUACCAGGGGGUAUAUUUAUAGCGAGGAGGAUGAAGUCAUUGAGUGGAAAGACGUGGAGGAGCAUGGGGAAGUAGGUACUCUAAAGGGAUAUAGGGUUGAGAGGAUUAAGAUGGUUGGAGGAAAGCAUGCGCAAAUGUUUAGAGGUGAGGGCGGUGAAGAGGCUUAUUGGGGGUUUGUGAGGAAGCUGUGGGUGGAUGGAUCAAAAGACGUCUGA